UGGUUUAAAGAGUUACCCAGCCUGCCUCGCUCCAAUGUGCUUUGUGUACGGUGGUUCCCGCGGAAUUGGAGUCGGCUGGAAGGUCGGCAUUUUGGGGAGAGAUGCGGCCAAAGAAACGGGAGAGGGAGAAGAAGGCACCGCAGGAACCCAUAUACGAAACACCUCAAGCAGACCACGAGCUCUUUCUUCAGGCAUUUGAAAAACCAACACAGAUAUAUCGUUUCCUUCGGACGCGAAAUGUCGUACUGCCAAUAUUCCUGCAUCGGUCCCUCUGGUACAUGAAGCAACGCCGAUCUGUGAACAAUGCCAACAGGAAAGCUUUUAAGAUAGACUCAUUAUUGUCCCAAGUUGAAGCUAAGCGACGGAGAGAGGCACAAAUAACAAACUACAAGUCAGAGUUUAUGAAUUUAACCUUUAAAGGAUUUGCAGACCCUGGGAUUCCAAGUGACAAUGACACUGCUGAUGUUGAAAUACUAUUGCUGAAAAUCUGUCACAAGAAGAGGAAGGAUGUAUCGUCUCCCGUAAUGCAAACUGUCCUGGGAAAGGUCAAGGUCAGCCUCAACCCCGAUGUUGACAUCUCUCCUGCCAACACACUGACAAUAGGUCAUGACAAUUUUCAUCACAAUAAUGGUCAUGCCGUCCGCUCCUAUGUCCUGGUCAUCAAAGUAGUCUGCCCGGUCCGCCGCCAUCUCCCCAAUGGUGUCUGUAACGGAGAUUUGUAUGAUUCAGAUGAACCACCUCAUAAACGUAGGAAAAAUGGCAAAACAUUCUCCCAUGAUGAAGAUUCCCUCCAUUAUGGGGCCGAACUAGUCAUAUAUGAUAAGCACAGGCGCUGCUUGCUCACUGAUGGAGACUACGAGGUGGCCCUACAGGAUCUGGGCUCCCAACCUCUUCCUAAAGGACAGGCAGCAUGGGAGACAGUCAUGGAUGGGAAGGCUGUGGGACCAUUUGAGGUUUUUAACAAAUGUCCAACACUAAAGUUCAGCCUACGCUGGACGGAGACUGCUCAGGGUGCUGGGGACCAUGCAAGUGUGAAGGCAGCUCAGGAAGAGUUCAUCAACAACAACCAGCUCGCUAACCAUAUCCUGGAUAACGAUAACUCAGGGAAACACAAGGACACUCCAGUCCACCGGUUGAAAGAUUCCAAUCAAACAACCCCCCGGAAGCGAAGUCGUAUAUUUUACCAGUUUCUGUACAAUAACAACACAAGGCAGCAGACGGAGGCGAGGGAAGACCUCCGAUGUCCAUGGUGCUCAAUAAACUGCAUGCAACUCUACAGUCUCCUCAAACACCUCCGCCUUGACCACGCCCGCUUCGACUUCCUUUAUGUGCCUCAUUCCAAAGAUGCCAGAAUUGAUGUGUCAAUAAAUGAACGUUACGAUGGAUCGUAUGUGGGCAACCCGCAAGAUCUUCAUUCCCACAUUGGGUAUGCAUUCAGCCGCAAUGGCCCAGUCAGAAGAACGCCAGUCACCCAUGUGAUCGUGUACAGACCCAAGAGCCCAGAGGCAUCACUCACAGAGUUCAUGGAACCAGAGAAUGACAUUCAGAUCAACCGCCAGUUUGUUCAGGGACAUAAUAGACUGUAUUAUCACCUGGUUACUUGUGCACCAAUCCGACCUCAGGAGAUUGACUUCGACAACGAAGCAGAAAAUGACCCUCUCUGGCUGAGACAGAAGACAAUAAACAUGAUCGAUGAGUUCACAGAUGUCAAUGAGGGGGAGAAGGAGCUGAUGAAGCUGUGGAACCUCCACAUCAUCAAACAUGAGUACAUCGCAGACUGCCAGCUCGGCCCAGCAUGCAAAACAUUCAUUGAGGAGAAUGGGAAGACUGUUAUAGAGAAGAAUCUGUGUAGAAACUUCAUGCUGCACAUGGUCAACUUGUUUGACUUCAGCCUCAUCAAGCCGGACCUCGUCCAUAACAUCAUGGGCCAACUAGAGAUCAUGAAACAGAAGAUCAAGGUGGAAAGUACUUCUUGAGGAGAGUCCCAUGUGAUUAGUGUUUGAUUAUUACUGUUGGACCAGGGGGUCAAGCUGAACAGGGUGGAGCGUCACAGAAAGGACAAAAUGUGCUCCUGAUGAAAAUCUAGGAUGUGACCUUGAGUUUGAAAUGAAGAAAUCCCAGUGAAUGCGUAAAGAUUGCAAGUGUGCACGGCCAUCAUGCAUAUGAAUUUUUGGAAUACCUUUUUGUAUGGUUUAUAUGCAGAAGAAACAACAUGGAGGGAUAUUGCAGGAUGGUUUUCGAAUUGCUAAUAGGAUUCGAAGCAGGAGACGUCAGUUGGACAAAUGGGAGAGUGCUGCUAGCACAGGUGUACAUAUUGUUUAAAGCAUUGCAUCUUUCAAGAUGUGGUGCUGAAGGUUAGAUGGAUUUAAGGCUGUCUGGACCCUGAAUUGUCCAUUUGCAUGAAAUGAUAGGAGCAGUACCACUAUUACAAAUAAAUGCGAUGUUCAGAUUAUCAUGAUCA